UAAUCCUUUCUACUGCAGUUUUCUUGAAAGAUAUGUUAGCCAUGGACAACUGCAAAUAUGUUGCUACUGCUCUCAAUAACAUUGCUUCCCCGAAUUUACAAGGCGCUAUCGACCAAGGUCAGUGGGAAUAAGUUGUGAUGGACUACUUUCUGGAUGACGAACAUGCCAUGCAAUGCUGACUCACUCAUUUUAUAACGAAUCAGUGGAACACAACGGGCCAAACAAGCUGUGCAAACUAAACAGAAACAACACAGGAUGUCUUAUAAAAGGGGUGGCAGUCUGCCGUGAAGCUUUCAUUCAUGUAUACAGUAGAAAAUGCCUGACUAAUCCACCAGUCAUACAGUCAUCAAAAAGAGAGCUGGCCCAAGCAAGAAAAGGCAGCAGCGCAGUCAUCAACUACAUGCACCAUUUCUUCACCAACUACGGAGUUGGGAAAACACGUGUGGACCUGAAAUGUGAUAACUUCAGUGGCCAAAACAAGAACAGGUUGGUGCUCUGGUAUUGUGCCUGGUGGAACAUGUGCAAGCUACACCACAAUCUGGACUUUCACUUCCUGAUCACAGGCCACACCAAGUUUGCCACUGACUUGUGCUUCAACCUCAUCAAGCAGCGCUUCAGACAGACCAGAGUGAACACUUUAUCUGACAUUGCUGGUGUUGUGAAGGACAGCACUGUGACGGGUCAAUAUCCCAGAGCUGGUUGGACUGGAGGAUGGUAUGGUGCUGGUGGAAAGCUAUGGCUGGCAACAACACCUGACUCCGUACUUCAGGCCGCUGGCACAGAACAAGCAGUACCAGCACUUCAGCUUUGAUGCUCUGGAGCCUGGAGCUGUCUCCAAGGAGCGUUCAGACUGUCGGAACAAGGUUUCAGCUGUUGCGCAUUGCUGACAUCCUUCCUUCCAUAGAUGGUCUGCCAGUAAAAGCGCCACCUGGACUGGACACAGCUAGACAACAUCUUUUUGACAAGAUCAGGGAGAUUUGUGACGAAGACGCUAUGGACAUCACAUGCCCUGCACCAAAGUCAAUGGCAGGACAGAAAAAGGAACUCCGAAUAUAAAUGCGUGCUUUGGACGGUCCAGUCAUAUGUUGCUGCAAUUUUUUUUGUGUUAUCCUGCUGCUCAGCCACUUUACCCCUGAUUACAUGUACAGUUGAAGUCGGAAGUUUACAAACACUUAGGUUGGAGUCAUUAAAACUCAU